AUGUCGAACCUUUCUUCCGAAUUCCGCGAAUACGAGGCUGGCAAUCUUGAAGCUCUCAUGGGUGAAGGGUCCGAAUCCCAGAUUCAAACCGGAGAUGGGUUUGAUCUUCACCCCCAGAGUGAAUCAACUAUCGAUUCUCUCAACAAUCUUCGUAGAUUAUGUCUCAUCCCCCCUGAGGUAGAGAUGGUAGUCCCGGAGCCCUUCGAGUCUCCGGAGUCGGGGCGAGAAGGUUACUGUUGUGCCUAUGAAAUAUAUUUCAAAGGGUGCGGCAUAUUCCUUCCCCUUCCUGAGGUGCUUCUUGUCUACCUCAAUCAUCUGGGAAUUGCUUUCUCCCAGAUGUCACCCAACAUGCUCCGGUAUCUUUUGUGUACCCUCACUGUUGCGGCGGAGGCGGGCUACUCAUUGGGACUUUGCGAACUCCUGGAACUUUUCCAAGCUCGCGAAUCCCGAACUUCUGGAUAUUAUACCCUUUAUCCAAACGUGGAUCGGAAUCUCAUUGAUGGCCUUUCUUUAAAGGACACCGCCUGGAGGAAGUUUUGGUUCUUCUUCCGCAUAAAUAAUUUUUCUAUUCAAAGUUCUUCCGAACUCCCUCGAAGUCACUGGUCAUCGAAUUUGGGUCCUCAGAUUCGACCAGUUCCAUCCGUCGAUUUUCUCAAAUUUUACAAGGCCGUCUUGGAGAGGCCAGUUAAUUGGAAUUCUUUUACUCUGGAAAGAAUUCACGGCGCCGGGUUUUCUGUCAGAAUGACACUUACUCGCCCCGUCGACCCUCCUCCUGCUGAGAUUGAUCUCUCGAGUCUGAAUGCCCGAGACAGGAGAAAGAUCAAAGAGGCAAACAAAAAGAUUAAAGAUCAGAUUUCCCUAAUCGGGAAAAACAAGAAAAACGCAACUUCCACCGAGGACGAAAAAGUCUAUCGGAAAACUCUCCUUGUUGACGAUGGAUCUCUUGAAGGUUCAAAGUCAAUGGCGGUCGCUGUGAACAGCGCUUCCUCCCCCAUCCCAGCAGCAGACAACGUGGUCGCUGCCACCGCUGACGAAGAACGCCUUACAUGUGUUUCUUCUCUCAUGAAAAAGAGGAAGGCCGAAGACCUUGAACCCCUGCCCCAGGGGCGCCCCAAAAAGACAAGGAAGGGCAGAAACACUUCUUCGAAUAUGCCUAUUCCUGAAUCUGCUGAAACUCAGGAUAUAAAUCCUGAUUCAGGAAUCGUUUUAAAGGAUCCGCUGGGUUCAGGGAUGUUACCCCCUAGACGACCCCGAGGUAAUACUUCCAGGGUUCGAUCGUCUCCGAGUUCGGGACUUCUUGCCAGAGCUUCGUCCCAAUCAGACAAAGAGAAGAUUGGGAACAUGUUUAGGUGCUUCCACACCCGCUUUGGGAAGAAACUCCCGUCCUUUGAGUGGUGGAAGCCUGAUAUCAAGAAGAUGUAUGUCAGCCAUUCAUUCCACUCCUCCCAGGCAACUUUGGACGUAAAUGGCAUCAUAAACUAUUACGAAGAGGAACUUGCCAAAGUUUCCAAGAAAGCUGUUGUUGCUGAGGGAGAGAUAGAGAAACUGCAAUCUUCCAGUCAGCUCGUGCAGGAGACUGCUGGCCUUGAUUCGGCGAGCCAAGAGAAAAUCGAACAACUCGAGAGAUCUGGCGAGGAGACAAGGAAGAUUUUAAUCGAAACUGAGCAGAGACUAGAGACUGCCCUUGCUAACCAUAACCUCGCAAAGGGCGAGAUUGAGCUUCUGAGAUCAGAGCUUGACAGGGUCAAAACAGCUGCUGAGGAGCUCGAGCGCAAAAAUGAAUCUCUUUCCGAACUCAAAGAUCGAGAUGAAUUUAUUACUACAGAUAAAGCUUGGAACAAACUUAACUCCGAGCGUGAUGAGAUGAAGAGCAAUCUCGAUUUAAUCAAGGAGAUAGAGGACGGAAAGGUCAACUUGGCUGAAGAAAAGGAAACAGUUGGCGCUGAGCUUGCUGAGACUGAAGCUAAGCUGGCUACUGCUCCUCAGCCGUAUUUGAAUUUGCAGCAGUUUGUUUCUGAGUUCGCCGAUUCCCCUCCAUUGACUGAGCCAAAUAUCGGAUUCUCUGGUCGUGAUCCUGCCAUCUCCUCGAUUAUGGGAGACGGUCUUGAAUCGAAGAGCGAAACUCCUCAAGAUGCUAGCUCGCUUAACCCUGAGGUGGUUCCCACAACUCAGAACACUGACGUCGGGAGUGCUCUUGUCUCAAAUCAAGCAGGAGAUGAAGGCGGUUCGCCUAUGAUUGAAUGA